GGUUCCAUCAUGUCCAUGUUCUGUGAGCUUGUUCCACCCUGUUACAAGAGGGAGGGAGUCUGUAUGAGCUUGGGUUAUAUCAAGCACAGACACAAAAGACACCACACGGUUAACAAAAACAGAACCUCCAAACAGCCUUUUUAACAUUAAAGGCUUAAGGAUAUUUUGAGGCCUCUUUCUGUGUCAGGGUGUGGGUUCAUGGACUAAGUGCUGCUGCCCCUUUAAGGCCUGUUUGUGUGUAGGGGUGUGGGUGCAGGGACUGCCGUGAGACAGAAACAUUAUUUGAAUAUUUAUGAGCUGAUGAUCUGAAGGCGAGUGUGACAGAAAAAGACAAUCCCUGCUGCUCUUGAAGCCUAAAAAUCACUUUACCAGGCAGCUCCUCUCUGCCCAUGACUCUGACUGGAAGAAUUGGAAACAGGCAAGAUAUUAAAGUGGAAGAUGGGAGGAAGGUAUUCAAGUCCACUGGAUGGAAGACAGCGCAGGUACCUGAGAGGUCGCACAGAUGCCACAGUGAAGAAUUUCAUGCCCUAUUAUCAGAGGCAACUUGCAACCACCUUUCUGAGACGGGUCUCAAAGGAGCUGGACCCGCAAGGCAAACCUGCUCUACAGCUGCUGCAGAGCAAACUCCAGAAGCCACCUGAUGCUCUUCUGCAUGAGGGAUUCCUGAUGCAGUAUACUGGGGACACCUGCAAGUGGAAGAAGAGUUAUUUAAUUUUGCUGGGAAACUAUACCCUGGAGUGGUUUGAUAGUAAAGAGGCCCAGGGGAGAGGAUAUAAGCCCAGAGGAUCCACCACUCUGUCUGGAUACUUGCUGGUGACCUCACUGAGCGAAUAUACCAGGCUGAUUGACAGUCUCUGCCAGGGAUUAGUAGUUGACUACACCCACCAAGACCCCUUAAAUGGGCCUCCAGAAGAGUUUCUGCUGUUCCUUUACCAUCCGUUCCGAAAGUCCUUCUGUUUCUGCACAAACUCUGCAAAAUCCCAGCACACCUGGAAAGCCAUCCUUCAAGAUGGGAUCCGAUAUUGCAGCACAGUUUUACAGAGACAGGACUCCUUUGAAGUAGAGGCUUUCCUGGAAGCUGUGCGAUUUUAUAGGCAAGAGAAAAGUAGUUACGGAGCAGGGGAUCUCCUCCUGGGAACAGAGCCUGAGAUUCUCAGUAAUGUGCUGAUGGAGGAUUUGCUUCCAGUGCUGCAGUCUCAGGUCCCCCCAAAUCUCAAAGGGUCAGAAAGUAGGAAGAAACAGAUCUGGUGCCAGUUCCUAGAGGAGGUUUAUACAUUGGUCCUCAGCCAGGUCUCCAGCGAAUUCCUGGAUUUUCAGAGGGAGAAUGAGAAACUCCACAUUCAAUUGGAAAAGAAGAUUCGCCCUGAUCUGGAUCAGAUGCUGAUUUUAAAGGAUCAGAUAUCUAUAAAACUCCAAGCGGUGGUCCAGAGCUCAGUGGAAUCCUGCUGUCGCCAAGGAGUAGAGCCUGACCUGGACUGUGUGAUGGAGGAGCUGAUAUGCCCCAUCAGCUUAGGAUUUGACGUGGUGCGUUCGCUCUUCACAGACAGAAUUGAUGAGAUGAUCAGACAUGUGCAGAGUUGGCCUACCACUGUCUUCCAGGAAGAGAUUCUCACACUUGGGGAAAUGCCCUGGAAACCUGAAUUCAUGGAGCCAUGUUACGAGAAGGCUAAUCUCUACAAAGACAGUCUGCAGGGACUGAAGGAAAGAUUUGGCUUUCAUGGUGUGGCAAGUUUAGUCCUCAGAGCCCAAAACCUCAUGCAGCAGCUAAUGCAGAAUUCGGUCCAUACAUUCCACCAGCUUUCAGAGCAACAUCUGAGCUUGGCAACCAACCACAGCCAAAUCACCCAGACUCUGGAAAAGAUCAAAACUCGUGUGCUGAAGAAAUUUGACUAUGACAGCAGUUCCACCAGGAAGCAGUUUGCACAAGAGUGGCUGGUUCAGAUCUUUCUUCCCUUUCUGCUGAAGAAUCUGGAGCCCAGAUGUAAACUGGAGCUGCCCAAGUAUGAAAAUUACGUGUUUGCUGACUUCAGUGGCAUCAUCAGUGUUGAAAAUAUUUAUGAAGAAAUAGUUCUGGCUGUUCUGCAGCAGGCAGUCACCAAAGCCUUGAAAGAGGCUUCAAGUCAAAACAGACAUCAUCUUUACAGUGACAGCUUCUCCUGUGUUCUGGAUAGUGUGGACAACUUGCUGCAGCAGGACAGAGCCCAGGAACACUCUGAAAUAAGGACAGGAGCCUUAGGUUGCAAUGCCACAUCAGACACCAUGAACCUCAUCUCCUGUCAAGACAGUGAGACGAUUUCAGACAAGAAAGCAUGGAAAUAUGAAGGAGGCUCAGCUGGGGCUGCAAAUCCUCCCAAAGAUAAAGGGCAAAUCUGCCCAGUAACUUCCCAUUGCCAUAAAGAAGCAGAAAAAUAUUUGAGGGUGUUGCCUGAUGGUAGGAAUUGGAGACACAAGAAGGCCUUGGAACCAGACAUGCGAAGCAGCUGUAUUACUGAACCUGCAGGACAUGUUGCAGAGAAGACUGAAGUUGUGUCUGAGGCUGAAAACAAUAUGUGCACAGGAGACCGAAAUAAAAACAAAUGUAAUGACAAGUCAUGGAGCCCUUUUGCAAGGAGCAAAGAUCUACAAGAGCCACAGAACAUCAUAAAUGAACAUUCAGUAGACAAAGUUGCUGUAGAGAAAAUACAAGAGGAAUGGGGGAGGGCGAUGUUUGAGCAAGGCAGUCAAGGGCAGGAUGGAGAAUUGGAGUUAAAUCUAGCUUGGAUUAAAGGAGCAGGACAAAGUGAAACAGGGGAUGCCACUUGGACACACCGACUUCAGGAACAUGGUGAUGAAAUGAUUGCAGAAUUACAUGUCCAAAAGUUGGUUCCUGCGGAGGGUCUGGAAAGAAAGGUCUGUCAGCUGGAGCUAGGGUACAAUGCUCAGCAGGAAUUCAAGGGGCGUAGGCAUGUAGGUGGACUGGCUGAAGGUAAGUCUGUUCCCUUUUUACUCGCUGGAAGCCUGAGACACGAAGAUGUGCAUGAGGGUCCUGUCCCAGAAAUGAACAAGGAGGAGAUGACAGAGGAAGACUUCAAUGAGACAGAUAAGACUAGGAGUACUUGUGGCACCUUAGAGACUAACCAAUUUAUUUGA